AUGUUUAGUCUAAAUUUUCAUAAACCUGGAAAUUACUUCUUUAUCCUACCAUGGGUAGCUUUCAUACCAUGGUACGGAAUGCUGAUAGCAAUGCUUAUCUGCUAUGCGGCCCAGGGGCACCCAUUGUACUGGUUUAUGAGUGAAAAAGCAUCUCCUGUGUAUAUUUCAGACAUCGGUGCUACCAAUUUACGUCCCCUUUUCAUUUCAUGUGUUGCAUGGGAAGGUUUAGGUUAUGCAUUGACGGUGUUUGCUGAAUAUUACCAAAGAUCUGGUGGUGAUAUACCAAUGUUUAGGAGAAAAAGCCAAGGAGCUUCAAGGAAAUUUUUAAUGCCACCAUGGUACAGAAAGGAUGAACGUAAUUUGAUCUUUGCUGCAUGUAUCCUUGGUGCUCUGGGUGAAAUUGCCUUGUUAAUGUGUACUAUUUUCUCCACUGCACAUUAUCAUCAUGUUCAUUUGGCUAUGGUUGCCGUCUUUGUUGUAUUAAUGUUUUUUUCAGUGGUGUGUCUUUCGACCGAAUACUUUCUAAUGGGGAGACAUUAUGCCCUGCUACAUCCGUUGGCUGAUCAUACCAGAGAUUUGCCUGAAAAACCUGAAGAUAUCCCAUGGUAUAAAUGGGAAGGAUAUGUGUGGAAUAAGUUUUUUAUAAGUGGGCUAGCCAAGGCUAUAUGGUUAGUAUUUGCUGUAGUAUGGGCCAUUUGUUUCGGUGCCAUUUCUGAUGACUCUACAAGUGCAUGUUUCGAGUGGUUAUUGGCAUUUUGGUUCGGUCUACUCUUUAUAAUUAUUUCAGUGGACUUCUAUAUGGGGAGCAGAUACAAGGAUUCUCGCUAUUUCAAUCGUAUUGAAUCGUUUGCAGGAUAUUAUAAAUAUGACCAAAUGCUGGGUGCUGUUGAUGUUUCGAUCCAGAUGACGGGAGAUGAUGAUCAAUCCUUUGACAAAGCUGUCACAAAUUCUGCCUCUUCGGUAUAG